UAGCAUUACAUAGUAAGGAUUUUGUUCAUUUUAAAAAAUGUCAAAUUGGUAAUUUGUUUGUGUGUGUAUGUGUUUUUUUUGCUUAUGUAAAUUCAUAUUACAUGAGUUUUGUAUAACUUUAUUGACAGGAAAUAUGAGUUCCCAAAGCAGACACCACCAAGUUUCUAUCAAGUAACAAACAACUCAAAGGAAAGACCAGAUGUCUGGGUGGAAAGCCCGGAAAAAUCAAUAAUUGUCUCUAUCACCAGUGACAUCCGAACAAUCAGUUCUGAGGUAUUUGCUGCACCAUACAGCUUGAGAUUUCCACGUAUCGACUGUGUUAGAUAUGACAAGCCCUGGCACGACUGUCUUGAUGUGCAAAGUUUUGUUGAAUUGGUAGAUUCAAGCAAUGGUACCACUCAGAGAGGGACAAACUCGGGAGGGGCAAAGGGUCCUGGAAGAAAGCAUAUCAAGCUCAAGAGCCGUGAGAGGAAGAAUGCUUCACUUGUUCCUUCUCAUUUCAUACAAACAGAUGUCUCUCAGAUUAAGGGUGAAACAUCAAUAUUUUCUAACACGGUAUUUUACUUUGCUAAUGUGCCAUCAUCACAUACCUUGGAUUUGUUGCACAAAAUGAUUGUUGAACAUGGAGGCACUUUCUCAAUGAAUUUGAACAACUCCGUCACUCAUUGCAUUGCAGCUGAAAGUAGAGGGAUCAAGUUUCAGGCUGCAAAGCUUCAUGGCGAUGUUAUUCAUUGUUCUUGGUUCUUUGAUUGUUGUUCACAAAAAAGGCUCCUCCCACUACUUCCAAAGUGCUUCAUUUUCCUUUCUGACUCAACUAAGAAAAAGUUGCAAGAAGAGGUCGACGAGUUCUCUGAUUCUUACUACAUUUGCCUUAAAAUGGAUGAUUUUAAACAGCUCAUUAACAGUGUUUCUUAUUCUGAAGAGUCUAAAGUUAUUGAAUUGUAUAAGAAGAAAUACUGUCCAGAGGAUAAAUGGUGUCGUUUUCAUGAUUGCUGCAUCCACUUUUUCCUUCAUACACACUCUUUAAACGGUUCACAGCAGAAAUUUUUCUUGGAGCUUGCAAUGAGGAGGUUGAAGCUUGAAGUUACCAUGUGGGGUGGCAAACUUUCUGACAAUAUUUUGCAGGCUACCCAUCUGGUUAUCAUUUCUCUUCCAGAAUUGUGUUUGAACUUUGACAUGUUGUUGAAGAGCUUCUCUGCAGCAGAUAGACAUCUGUUGUGCAGUAACAAAUUGCACAUUGUGAGUUCGCAAUGGUUGGAAGAUUGUUGUGAGAGAAACCAGAAGUUGCCCGAGGAUAGUUACAGUUUGAAGCCCAUGAAUUUUGAAGCAUAUGUCAUGAAAGAGAGAAAAGACGAAUCCACACUUGAUGACAAUACAGUCAAACAUGUCGUACCGGCUCCAGCCUUUGAAGAUGAGCCGGAAGAAAAAAUUGCAUCCUUGAAUGAGUCCACAACCAGCAUGCCGCCUAAGAGAGAUGCCAAAAGAAAACAGAGACCUAGGGGUAGAACCGCCUCAACUAGACUGGAAGCCACGGUCAAACAGCCAAGGAGAGCAAAGUUUGGAAGCAAACCCGCCAGGAUCGACAUGAAUGAAACCAGCGAAAGCGAUGAUUCUUCAGUUGGGAUUUCCCAAAAAUAUGAGUUUGGCGGGAGCGACAAGGAAGAGAACUGUGAUUUCGACAUGCAUAUUGAUGACAGCAGAAAACCCAUGAUCGACAGGAACGAAACGAAGACCAGACAUAAAAUCACAGUUAAACAGUCAAGCAGAGCAAAGGUUGGAAGCAAACCGGCCAAGAUCAAGGAUGAUGAAACAAACGAAAGUGAUGACGCUUUAGUGGGAAUUUCCCAAAAACAUGAAUUUGGCAGGGGCGACAAGGAAGAAACCUGUGAUUUUGACAUGAAUUAUGAGGAGAGCAGAAAACCCAAGAUCGUCGUGAAUGAAACGACUAGACAGAAACUCACAGUUAAACAGCCAAGGAGAGCUAAGGUCGGAAGCAAAUCGGCGAAGAUCAAUGAUAAUGAAACAAACGAAAGUGACGAUGCUUCAGUGGGAAUUUCACAAAAACAUGAAUUUGGCAUGAUCGAAAAGGAAGAAAAUCGUGAAUUCGACACGCAUAACGAUGAAAUCAUACACAAAAGCCGUCCAGAGAUCCCAUUGAGCUGUGGUAUCAAUGAUUCUAAGAUGCUAACACAAGGGAAAGAAAUUAAAGAGUCAUUGGACUUUAGCCGCGAUGGAGAAGAAAAGAAUGUUAGCAGAACAUUAGACCAUAACACUCAUCAUGAUCCAUUCCGAUCAAUCUUGCAACCAAAUAUGUUGUCAUGCCAUGAGAAGGAACCGAGCAGCUCGACCGCCCCUCUUGAGUGUGAAAAUCAGGUCCCAGGUUUGGACACGAACCCCAACAACAGCAUGAAUGUCGAUACGCAUGAAAAUCCUCAAAUAGAUCUCACUCCAAAUCCUUCAAAGAAGAAAAAGGUCAGCUUCAGAAGUCUAGCUGCCGAAUUGCUCAAAGAUUGGUGAGUGUAACUGCUUAGAUUCUUGCUUUCUUUUGGCAAUAAUUAUACUUGUCCUGUCACUUAUGAGGUACUCCCUUCUUUUUUAAUUGCCUGAAUCACUUAACAUUUAGCUAAUAGUAUCUCUUAGAAUGUAGCAAAAAUAUUACUCCGUAUUUAAAAUGUUGUAUUAAUAUUAUUUUUUGAUGCAACUAUAAUAGGUAUUCUCUUAUUUAGUUUAAUCCGUAAUAUAUUCAUGUGGAUACU